ACGAUGCAGCGGAAGAGCUUGGCGUCUUGGACUUCUCGAUUCCGCCCAUCGUUCCGCCAUCCCUCCCCGCUGUAGAUUCUUGGUCUUGGCUUCGUGCUCCUUCUCCUGCUUGUCCGAAAGGGGAACGGAGUCAAUACCCAGGUCUGCCUCCGUUAACAGACGCCAACGCCAACAGAGGGGUUCGUCCGAAGAUUAGCCAGGGGUGAGGGCGAGAACAACAGCUGCUACUUUAGACUCUCUACCCGGGGUCCGGAGUUAGUGUAUGUAUAUGUAUGAGACAUAUAUGAUUUGUAUAUUACCCUACGGUUAUAUAUAUGACUAUGCCGUAAGAAUAUAUGAUUAUGCGACGAGGAGGAACGAGUAGGGAUGAGCAUAUCGGCCCUGUUUUGACCUUAUAUCGCUCUACCUGGCCUUAUAUGGCGGAUAAUGUCGAUAAUAGCCGCGUGCCACAUAGAGUGUUUAUCCUACGGAGUACGUGGCUAAGUAGUCAAGCAACACCUGUCAGAGUGUAGUAAGAACUGUACUUGUCCUGUGCUCGUACUUUACUCGGACUUGCCCUGGACUGGACUCUCCCUUGGACGAGAGAGAGAGAGGAGUUUUUCGUUCCCCAAGCCACUAGUCGACAGAGACGGAUAAGUGUCAUCCUUCGUUACAUCGUGCCGAAUCUAUCAACGCCACGAAUUCCCACAACCAUUCCCCGGGGCAGCCUGCAUCACACGGCAUCCGCCGGCGCCGACGAUCAUCCAGCCUGCAUAUCCAUGAACUAUGCCACGAGCUGGGCCUAGAAACUGACUGGAUCCGCUGAUCCGAGAGAGAUUUGGUUGGGAGAUGAGGACGAUGGACAAAACGUGCACGAAAACGUGGAUGGGAGCGACGAUAUGAAUACCGCUUUACCUACCUACCACAGCACGGAGAACUCAACACUCACUUUGUGGAGAUAUUUUGAUCGUCGAGUAGCUCCUUCCUGGGUCCACGUCGUCCGUCUCUUAUCCCCCCCACGUGCUUAUGUCAUCAUCGACGUCCUAGCUAGAGAGUUGGCUAGAGUAUUUGGAGCACUCUACUCCUUUCCCUCCGUUGCCUAAACAGGAACAGCGGAGGAAUGCCAUGCGUUGGCAUUUGAUGGCGGCAUUCAAACUGGCACCGACGAAAACAUUCAAGAGCCAGCAAUAUGAGCAAUAAGAGCCAUAAGAACCACAAAUUCCGUAUAAAAUCCCAAGACGGAGAAAAAUACUCCCGUUAUCGAUGACAUACCAUCUCAGAACGAUGAACUAGGUCGUUCGUCCCGCCGCCAAAACGGCCGAACAUGGUUACCAAUUGCUUUGGCCGCGCCUACGAAGGUAACUACUAUAUAAAUCUCUUUACACCCCUCCCCAGAAUCCCGGGAGCCUUAUCAAAAGGUCUAGGAUUACUCUCGAGGUUCGUUUAUCUGCCAUUAUUUCCUUCCUCGUCGUCUUCACCCGGCCCUGAACUUCCGACUCUCCGCCCACUUGUCUCCUCCUCCCUCGGCUGUUCUACUCGGAUGAAUACAUGAUACCCACUUCCCGCCGCACAACAACGUUCGUUGAAAUCAUCUGUGGGAAGAACAAGGCGGCCAAUUAUUGCCUAGCUGCUGCUUGUCUUCCACAGAUCUUCCAUGCAGAUGCAGCUCACCCCACGUCUCUUCCGUCGCCACUCAUCUGUCAUUUAGAUGUCGGUAGGUAGGUAGGUGGGUCGCUACUCUCGCUUCAGUACGAGCACUCUCAUAUCCUGCCAUAUCCUGCCAUCACCGCAGAUAUCACGGGCUCAGAACUGCCCUUCAUCCAUAUUCCUCGUCCCUGCUCCUUUUCUCUUUCCGUCGAGCCUCAACGCCGCCAACCCUAACUUAAUCACCACGGCCCGCUCUCAUCUGCCGCAUUCAACCACGCGGUGCGCCACUUAUAAGAAACCUACCCACCUCCCCGAGCAACCAAUCCUCACCCACCGCCCCCUCUGUACCUUCAUCCUACUCACGCCCUGAGUCCUCGACGCGCACGAGGCGCGCGAGAGCAGAUAUGGGCUCGGAAAUGGACUCUGAAACGGUCUCCUUCAACACUUACCGCCCCUCCUACCACUUCAUCGCGCCUCACUCGUGGAUGAACGACCCGUGCGGCGCCGCCUACAUCCCAGAGAUCAAAGAGUACAUCCUGUGCUACCAAUGGCACCCAGGGACCGUCGAGCCCGGCAACUCCGCCUGGGGUAUGGCCCGCUCUAAAGACCUCAUCACGUGGGUCGACUGCUUCCCCCCGCUGCGCAACGGUCCCCCCGGCUCGUACGACCCGCACGGUGUCUUCUCAGGCUCGCUCGUCUCGCGCGUCGUCAACAACAGGCGCGUGGUCUACCUCUUCUACACCUCCAUCUCAGCCCUACCCAUACACUGGUCCAAGCCGUACAUUGCCGGCUGCGAGAGCCAGUCCCUCGCCUGUUCCACCGACUUUGGUCACAGUUGGCACCGCUACCAGGAGAACCCUGUGCUCUCUGAACCCCGCCAUGGCGCUUCUACUACCGGCUGGCGGGACCCUUUUGUCAGCACCUGGCCCUCGCUAUCGGCGCUGCGUGACGUCCAUCCCAGCACGAACUACAUGCUCGUGUCGUCUGGCGAGCGGGGCAACGGCCCUGAGCUCAUCCUCUACGAGUCUGACGACCUGCUAAGCUGGACCGAGUUGUGUGUGCUCUUCGAUGCUCCAUCGGAAACACCCAUAUCUCACCACGCCAGCUCCCUACACAUCGGUAAGAACUUCGAGUGCGGCUCCUUCUUCACCCUAAACGGCAAGGAAUACAUCAUCACAGCCGUUGAAGAAAACUCCUCGCGCUACGUCCUCUGGAUGUGCGGCGCUCUCUCCCUAACACCCAACGGCAAACCCACAUUCACCCCCCUCUCCCACGGCGCCGUCGACCACGGCAUCUACUACGGCCCCCACGUCUUCCGCGGCGCCAAGAACGAAGUCAUGCUCUCCGGCUGGGCAGACGAAGACCUCGACGCCUCACCCGCCCUCAAAAUCACCCAAGGCUGGUCAGGCUGCCUCACACUCCCACGCGAACUCUUCACCCUAACGCGGCCCCUCGUUCCCGCCGACCCCGAAGCAGUCGAUGCUCAUCUCUGGACCCGCGACGAGGAACUAGGCAUAAUGACAACUCUCGGCGUGCGACCAGCUCGCCAGCUCCGGGGGCUCAGAUCAGGUUCGAUGAUCUACUCUCUCGAAGCCCUGCGCCAUCUCCGCUCCAAGGCGUACGAAAUCGAAGCACGCUUCCGUGGUCUAGCAGGGAAUGAGUUGCUAACUUUCAAUGUCCGCCAAUCACCCAACGAUGAGGAGGUAACACGCAUCAUCUUCUCCCUCGCCACCCACACCGUCUCCGUCGACCGCUCCAAAUCCUCCCUCCUCCACGGCCGUCUCACACCGGAUUCAGGACCAUUCAAACUACAAGACGGCGAGGACCUACACGUCAGGGUAUUCGUGGAUAAUUCAAUCGUAGAAGUCUACGCCAACGGCCGCUUCGCCCUCUCCACCCGCGUCUACCCCUCCCGCACCGACGCUCUAGGCGCAUCAUGCGCCUUCGAGGGUCUAGAUACCCAGAGUGCGGGGGUGUGGAUGCAAGUCUGGGAGGGCCUUGUCGGGGCAUGGCCCGAGAGGGGGAGGGAGGUGGUGGGGCUGGAUGCGAGGAUUGGGGAGAUGGAGAUUGUGGAUGAGGAGUAUGAGGAGUAUGAGGAUGGGUGGAGUGAGGGGGAGGAGGAUGCGGAGUUUGAGGUUUAUGGGGCGUUUGAUAGGGGGAAGGAGAUGGGAGGGGUGGGUGUGGGAGUGGGGGUGGGGGUUGAGGCUAGGGCGGUGGUUGCGUAGGGUGGGAAGGGGGUAGGGUGAAUAUCCCUCUCUCGUAUCCUCUUUUCCCAUGUCUUCCUGAUACCUCUUGCACACAUGAUUUUCCUGUCGGGUCAUAGAGUAAAGAAUAAACCGUCCGAGAUUGGAGACACGGGCAGGGCACGAACGACUUGGCCACAUUCCUUUAUAUAUAUUUUUUUGGUUUGGUUUGGUCGUUUCGGUCUUUUUCCCUUUUGGGGAUGACUUUCAUUUAAUUUGCAUGCUAAGAGGGAGACUGGAGGGUAUAUAUAGAUGUGGGGGGGUUACGAAUAUAACGACUUUCUAUUUAAU